CGUCAGUUGUUUCGUCAUUUUGCGCUCUCUGCUCUCUCCACCUCUCCUCUGUAUUCGUCUUUUCUCUGCUCACGAAACCCUAAUCCUCCGGAAGUUUUGAGCCUUUGAUCACUUUGCUCUGUAACUCACUGUCUAAACGCUGAACCUCUCUAAAAUUUCACCAUAUAAUUUUACUAUUCAUUUGUAGUUUUUGAAGUUUAAGUGUCGUCGUUUUAAGCUAAAAUAAAACCAAAAAGGCUUUAUAUAGCAAGGAAUUGUCGUGUUUAUAACAAUGUCUGUGGCUACUAAGCUUCAAUCGUCGGCUAAACUGGUGUCCGAACCGCGCGCUAUUCUCGGCCCGACUGGGAACAGAGUCAAGCCUUCCGAGGACCCGAAACGGAAACCUGAAGUUGCGAAGAAGCCACUGAGGCCAAAAAAACCGGUUCCGAAAAUUCCGGAACAGGUUAUCAGGAACAAUGGCUCAGUGGACAGUGCGUGUUCUUCAGAUUCUUCGUCUUCAAGUGCCUCUUCAGCCAAAAAAAUGGAGAGUUCCAGAAGGACUGUAAUGGUGAAGCGUAACGAAGUGAAGAAUGCGAUGGAUAGCGCUGGAAUUGUGGAAAAUUCAUCGCCAAUUCCGGGGCCGAUUAGGAGGUGUGAUUGGAUCACGGCCAACUCUGAUCCACUUUAUACUUCUUUCCAUGAUGAAGAAUGGGGAGUUCCAGUUUAUGAUGAUCAGAAGUUGUUUGAGCUACUUGUCUUUUCACAAGCAUUAGCGGAACUCAGCUGGCAAGCCAUUCUUCAUAAGAGAGACCUAUUUAGGAAGCAUUUUGAAAAUUUCGACAUAUCAUCUGUUGCACAGUUUACUGAGAAGAAGUUGUUGUCAUUCAGAGUAAAUGGGAGCCUAGUGCUUUCUGAAGCAAAGCUUCGUGCAGUUGUGGAGAAUGCUAAACUGGUGCUCAAGGUUCAACGUGAGUUUGGUUCCUUUAGCAAUUACUGCUGGAGCUUUGUGAACCAUCUGCCAGUGAGACAUGGAUAUCGAUAUGCACGCCAAGUGCCAGUCAAAACACCAAAAGCAGAACUUAUAAGCAAGGAACUCAUGCAAAGAGGAUUCCGCUGUGUUGGCCCUACAGUUAUUUAUUCGUUCAUGCAAGUGUCUGGGAUUGUUAAUGAUCAUCUCUUAACAUGCUUCAGAUACCAAGAGUGCAAUGCAGAUGCCAAAAAGGAUUCAAAACCAAAGAUUGAGGAGACAAAGGAACUAAACAAAACUUUGGAGAAGAAUUGCUUAUCCCAUGACUGAUUUUCUGGAUCCACACUUUUCCCUACUAAUCACACAGAUCUGAUUGAUAUAAAACUAAAGCUAGAAAUAUGAAGAACAGACUUCCUCAUGUGCUAAGUUAGGGUUUACCUCUUUUGGAUGUUCCAUCACUUCUGUAUUAUUUAUCUAACCAGAGAUUGAAGUUUUACUACAAUGGAGAAUUCAUUUGUGAUGUUGUUUGACUGUGAAUGCCCCCCAGGAAAAAAGAUUACCCUUGCGAUGCUUGAUUCUGGCACCAUGUUCAUUCUGUAAGGUUGUGCAUAGAGAUUGUCUUAGAUGAUGUUCAUGUUGUAUUGUUGUUGGUAGAGUUUGUCUUAGAUCAUCCUGCAAAUUUACUGAUAUAAUAACUUAAACCAUCUUGUAAUGAAAUCUGAUUGAUGUACAAAGUUCUUUCUGAUUUUGGGUUUUUGUUUA